AUGGACAAAACUCGAACUCUUCAGAGGUUGCAGAGCAGAAGGAUGGAAGCACAAACGGAAGAGUCGAUUCUUAUCAUUUUGAUUGUUUCCGUGACGAACCCACAACCCUAUGACCCAACUCUUUUAAUUGCGUUUUUUUUUUCAUCUAUCGAAUUCAUUUCCUUCCUUCCUUCCUUCCUUCCUUCCUUCCUUCCUUCCUUCCUUCCUUCCUUCGUUCGUUCCUUUCUUCCUUCGUUAUCCUUCCUUCCUUCCUUCCUUCCUUCGUUUCCCUUCCUUCCUUCCUUCCUUCCUUCCUUCCUUCCUUCCUUCCUUCCUUCCUUCCUUCCUUCAUUCCUUCCCUCGUUCGUUCGUUCGUUCGUUCCUUCCUUCCUUCCUUCCUUCGUUCCCUUCCUUCGUUCGUUCGUUCCUUCCUUCCUUCUUCCUUCGUUUCCCUUCGUUCGUUCGUUCGUUCGUUCGUUCCUUCCUUCCUUCGUUUCCCUUCCUUCCUUCCUUCCUUCCUUCGCUCGUUCGUUCGUUCGUUCGUUCGUUCGUUCCUUUCUUCCUUCGUUAUCCUUCCUUCCUUCCUUCGUUUCCUUCCUUCCUUCCUUCCUUCCUUCCUUCCUUCCUUCCUUCCUUCAUUCCUUCCUCGUUCGUUCGUUCGUUCGUUCCUUCCUUCCUUCGUUCCUUCGUUUCCCUUCCUUCGUUCGUUCGUUCCUUCCUUCCUUCCUUCCUUCGUUUCCCUUCGUUCGUUCGUUCGUUCGUUCGUUCCUUCCUUCCUUCGUUUCCCUUCCUUCCUUCCUUCCUUCCUUCGCUCGUUCGUUCGUUCGUUCGUUCGUUCGUUCCUUUCUUCCUUCGUUAUCCUUCCUUCCUUCCUUCGUUUCCCUUCCUUCCUUCCUUCCUUCCCUCGUUCGUUCGUUCGUUCGUUCCUUCGUUCCUUCCUUCGUUUCCCUUCCUUCGUUUCCCUUCCUUCGUUCGUUCGUUCGUUCGUUCGUUCGUUCCUUCCUUCCUUCGUUUCCCUUCCUUCCUUCCUUCCUUCCUUCGUUCGUUCGUUCGUUCGUUCCUUCCUUCCUUUCUUCCUUCGUUUCCCUUCCUUCAUUCCUUCGUUUCCCUUCCUUCCUUCCUUCCUUCCUUCCUUUCUUCCUUCGUUCGUUCGUUCGUUCGUUCGUUCGUUCCUUCCUUCCUUCGUUUCCUUCCUUCCUUCCUUCCUUCCUUCCUUCUUUCCUUCCUCCCCCUCGUUCGUUCGUUCGUUCGUUCGUUCCUUCCUCUUCCUUCCUUCCUUCCUUCGUUUCCCUUCCUUCGUUCGUUCGUUCGUUCGUUCGUUCCUUCCUUCGUUUCCCUUUCUUCCUUCGUUCGUUCGUUCGUUCGUUCCUUCCUUCCUUCCUUCCUUCCUUCCUUCGUUUCCCUUCCUUCCUUCCUUCCUUCCUUCCUUCCUUCCUUCCUUCUAUUCCAUUUCACUCGUUUAAUUCUGUAUCGUUCAUUUUUUUAUUUCUUUUUCUUCUUUUAUUGUCUAUCGAAAUCCUACCUUCCUUCUUUGCUACCUUCCUUCCUUCCUUCUUUACUUCUGUUGAAUUUCAACGUUGUUUAAUCCUUUUCUUCUAUUUUUCAGUCGACAUAUUUUCUUUUCGUAUUCUUCCUUCCUUCUGUCAUUCGUUCUUUCUAUUCAAUUUCUCUGUUUUAUCUUCUUCUUCUCUUCUGUUUAGUUUUAUCCUGUUUGCUUUCUUUCUUUCUUUCUUUCUUUCUUUCUUUCUUUCGUUAUGCAAUAUAUUACUCUAA